ACGUUUUAUUCCUACAAGUCCAAGCGUAGCUUAGAAGAAUACAAAUUCCCCAAAAUUCUCUACAUUUAUUUUAGCACCACCACUGCCCAUCCCAGCUCCUCCCAUUCCAACGGUAGCCGGAGAGCGCAUUUCUGCGGUGCUGUCAACCAAUUCUUCUCCUUCUGUCACUUUCAACUGGGAACUAUUUUCCUUAUAUGCAGGUAUUAUGGAGAUAUCUUUAUUGAAGGUCAUAUCUGAUGCAAUAUCCUCAUUUUUGCAUUUAUCAUUUUCUGAAAAGAUGAAGUUAGUACCUGUAUCAAAAUGUUACCAAAAGGCAGAGAAGAUGCUUAAGCUGUUGAAGCCUAUUGUUGAUACUAAUGUUUUUUCAGAUAUAGCUUCUAAUGAAGUACAUAGGAAACUAUUUGAGGAACUUGGUCUGGCAGUUGAUGAGUUGACAGAGCUUAUUCUGAACUGGCAUCCGUUAUCUAGCAAAUUUUACUUUGUUAAUCAAGUUGAUGCCAUAAUAUCAACAAUUCAGGCAUUGGGUCUAAGCAUUUUACAACAGCUGGAGGUUUCACAGCAAGUUCUCCCUGAUAAUUUGGGAAAUGAAAUAUCAUCAGCCAUUAAAAAAGCUAUUAUGGAACAACAGGAAGGUUUAGUAUCAAGUUUAGAGGUCCUGGAAAACAUUGCUGACAACCUGGGUCUAAGGUCUAAUCAAGAGGUCCUGAUUGAGGCUGUAGCCCUUGACAAGCUGAAGGAGAAGGCUGAACAAAUUGAAAACACUUCAGAAGUUGAAUAUGUUGAUAAAAUGAUCUCAAUUGUAAAUCGAAUGCAUGAGCAUAUUGUUAUGCUUAAGCAAGCUCAGAGUUCUAUCCCAGUGUCAGUACCUGCUGAUUUUUGCUGUCCUCUGUCUUUGGAAUUGAUGACGGAUCCGGUCAUUGUGGCAUCUGGUCAAACAUAUGAGCGGGCUUUCAUCAAGAACUGGAUUGACGUAGGUCUUACUGUCUGUCCAAAGACACGCCAGACUCUUGUCCACACCAAUCUAAUACCUAACUACACUGUAAAAGCAUUAAUUGCUAACUGGUGUGAAACACAUGAUGUAAAGCUUCCUGAUCCCAUUAAGUCCAAAAGCUUAAAUCAACCAUCUCCCUUUCAUGUGUCUAUGGAGUCUGGUUUGACCAAGGAUUUGCCUGGUAUAACUAGUGGUGAACCCCACCAAGAACAAACAUCAACAUUGCAUCCCUCUUCUAUUCCAGGUGGUUCUUUGAAUGGCACGGUUCAUGAGCCAUAUGUGGAUCUUGAAAGAAUAUCACACACAGGUUCAGAUGAUGGAUCUGCCAGCUCAAAUGAAGGGAGUGUCGAUUCAUUUGGUGAAUCAUUAACAUCACCAUCCAGAAAUGCCUUGAGCUCAGAACAAUCUCGUAAUGAUGUUAGAACUACUUCUGAUGUCAACAAUACUCUGCUGUCAACCAGUUCAGUCCACAAUCGCGAUGCUUCUUCUGGGGAAUUGAAUUCAGGGCAAGAUGCUGUUCGCUUGCCAACUCGGCAUAGAGAAUCUGAGUUUUCUUCCCAAUUAGCAGUGCCAAGGUCUCAAAGCCAAACUAUAUGGCAACGAUCAUCUGAGUGGCUUGUUCCUAGGGUAGUGUCUACUAUUGAAACAAGAGCUGAUCUUUCUGCUGCUGAAACCCAGGUUCUGAAAUUAGUGGAGCAGUUAAAGAUUGAUUCUCUUGAUGCUAAGAGAGAGGCAACAUCAGAACUUCGCCUUCUUGCUAAGCACAAUAUGGAUAACCGAAUUGUGAUUUCAAAUUGUGGAGCCAUUAGCUUAUUAGUUGAUUUACUGCAAUCAACUGAUUCUAUGAUCCAGGAAAAUUCUGUUACAGCUCUCCUUAACUUAUCAAUCAAUGAUAACAACAAGGCUGCUAUUGCAAAUGCUGGUGCAAUUGAACCUUUGAUUCAUGUCCUCAAGACAGGGAGUGCAGAAGCCAAGGAAAAUUCAGCUGCCACUCUUUUCAGCCUCUCAGUAACUGAGGAAAACAAAAUCAGGAUAGGGAGGUCUGGGGCUAUUGGACCACUUGUUGAUUUGUUGGGAAACGGAACCCCAAGGGGGAAGAAAGAUGCUGCCACUGCCUUGUUUAAUUUGUCCAUAUUUCACGAAAACAAGGACCGGAUUGUGCAAGCAGGUGCUGUGAAACACCUUGUAGAGUUAAUGGACCCAGCAGCUGGAAUGGUGGACAAGGCUGUGGCUGUUUUAGCAAAUCUUGCUACAAUACCAGAAGGGAAAGCAGCCAUUGGUGAUCAAGGUGGGAUUCCUGUUUUGGUUGAGGUUAUUGAGUUGGGCUCUGUGAGAGGAAAGGAGAAUGCUGCAGCGGCUCUUCUACAUCUAUGCUCAGACAACCACAGAUAUUUAAACAGUGUGCUCCAAGAAGGAGCUGUGCCACCUUUAGUAGCAUUAUCACAAUCAGGCACCCCAAGGGCCAAAGAAAAGGCCCUUGCGCUCCUUAAUCAAUUUAGAAGCCAAAGACAUGGUAGUGGUGGGAGAGGUUGAUCUCAAUUUUGCAACCAGGUAGGCCAUCCAAAGUUUUUGAACCAGUUGGCAGAAUAUGUAGGAUUAUACGCUCCAUUGUGCACAUAAUAUUUUUUUCUUCCACAUGCUUGUAAAGGCGUGAGGGGGCUAAUAUGUAUGUAUGAGGAGGAUUGAUUGUGUCUCUCAUGUGGCACACCUCUCUUUGAUGCAAGUGUAACUUUUGUAUUUGGCUUGUUUGCCGAUGUCCUAACUAUCUCUUUUUCAAUGAGAUGUCUUCUGCCUUUGAUGAAAGCACUUAGCAGGCGUUUUAAGAAAAAAUAA